AUGUAUAUAGUGUAUCCUUCCCGUAUCGAAAAGAUUGAUUACGAUGAGGGGAAAAUGCUUGUGCAUUUUGACCGUUGGAGCCAUAGGUACGAUGAAUGGAUUCUCUGGGACAGCAACAGACUUCGACCAUUAGAGAGACCAGCGCUCCGCAAAGAGGGUCUCAAAGAAGAGGAGGUGUCUGAGAGACUCAGCGAGAUGAGAGCAUCUCGCCUUCGUGAGCUUCCUGGAAGUACAGAGAGCACAGAGGACCAAAAAGACUUACCCCAGCAGAGACAAGAAUUAAGAGAUGGUGAGGAGGUGCUUGCCCGAUGGACAGAUUGCCGCUACUAUCCUGCCAAGAUUGAAAGUAUCAACAAGGAAGUGUAUUGGUUUGUGUUCAAGCAGGACUGGAUCGCUCUGGUGAAGGCUGCUUCAGCUGCAGCCAAGAAUAAAGGAGGAAACAGGCCACGUACCAGCGCCAACAGCAACAAAGACCGAGAGGACAGGAGGGAACAGCGGUCGGAUGAAGAGCAUGAGGAUGACGAUGACGACGGUGAUGACGAUGACGACGAAGACGACGACGAUGAUGAUGUUGAUGUUGAUGAAGAUGAGAGUGAACCAGAGAAACUCGCAGUUCCAGCAGAACUGGACUCAGCUGAGGAAGACAGUAAGCUGGCUGCUGAGGAGCUUGAACCUGCUACCGCAAAGAGGAGAAGCAAAAGACAAGGCAACUUGUGCAGCGGUAAAAGGACACGUCUCAGCAAAGGGGCAGUUGAAGACAGCAGCACUGCAGUUAAAACAGAAGCUGCUCCACAAAAGCCAGCUUCAGGAAGUCCAUCCACAGCUCCUCCCACUAGCACUGCUCAAUCACCAAUCAGUGAGAAGGACAAAAUGACUGAAGUGUUGUCUAGUAAUCAAACAACACUUGAAGGGAACUCACCUUCUGUACUGACAGUUAUUAACACCAAGAAGUCAGAUGAUCCCACUGCUCCUAAUGAGUCUUUAAUAGACCUGGACCAUAAUAAAUUUAAAUGUAAAGUCCCUGGUUGCUCUAAAGCAUUCCGGAAAGCAAAACUGCUGGACUAUCACCUGAAGUACUAUCAUAACACUGAGAAAGAAAUGGACAGCGAGGUCUGCUCACCAGAAAGGGUGGGCCAACCAGGGCCCGCGUCUGCUUCCAUGCCUACAAGCACCUUGUCAGAUAUGCCAGAUAACAAGAGGCGCAGGACCGUCUCUACUUCUUCCUCUCUGUCCUCUCAGGGCUUCAUGCUUCAAAUGGACAGCUCUGGCUGUGUGAGGCCUCCAAAGUUCUGUAAGAAGAAACGUUCUUCUGCUUCUAUUAGUUCAGACAGACUUUGUAUAAAGACAGAGCGGAAAUUUAAACUGGAGGAUAAAUGUCAGUUGUUUGCGAAAAAGAGGGAUAAAGACAGAAGGGACAGGAAAGAGAAGGACAUUUUCCGAAUUAAACAGAAGAAAAAGAAAAAAAAGAAGAAGAAAUCAAAACUGCACUGUUACUCGGACCUGGAUGAGAUGUCGCUGGCUUAUUUGGAUAGGCCGUCUUCCCCAAUACAUCGCUCUUCCUCUAGUGCCUUCAAGCACAGCACCUUCCAAUACCCUCACCUAUCAGACAUCGACUUCCUGGAAGACUCUACCACUGAGAGUUUGCUGUUCAGUGGAGAUGAGUAUAACCAGGAUCUGGACUCCAUCACUAUGGAAGACUUCCAGGAUGAGGAAGAUGAUGGUGCCGAUGAAAUUGUUCGUUGCAUCUGUGAGAUGGAUGAAGAAAACGGCUUUAUGAUUCAGUGUGAGGAGUGUAUGUGCUGGCAGCACAGUGUGUGUAUGGGACUUUUGGAGGACAGCAUCCCUGAUCACUACAUAUGUUACAUCUGCAGAGACCCUCCAGAGAACUACUCUCAUCAGAACGCCAAGAAGAUCGUGUCCACUCACCAACUGCUGGCUGAUGUUUACAGUGUUAAAAACUUGCUCCAUGGACUUCAGCUGAAGAUGGAUAUUUUACAAAACAAACACAACCCAAGUUUGCACUUGUGGGCCCGGUCUUGGGUGAAUUCUGAUGAGGACCAACCUAUGGGUGGCGUUCCAGACUGCCUACAUUUCAAAGAGCACCUCAACCAGAACUCAAGCCCUCAAACUUAUAUUACAAGUGAGCACAGCUACCAGAAACCUCCCGGUACAGGCCUCGAACACACAAGGGAUGAGCAGGGGAUGCAAACGGCAUCUCAGUUUAACCGAAAGGAGGAAGAGGUGAGCAGUGCCAUUGCUCUGUCUGGCUGUGUGAAUGACAGCAAUAUGGGCUCCGUGGAGCAGGCCAGGAACUGUCUGCAAUGGCAGAUGAACCUGCUUACACACAUAGAGGAUGCAGAACCAGCUGUCUGGCCGUAUGGACCUCCUCGAGAAAGAGCUUGA